AUGUGUCGCAGCAGAGCCGCUAUGACUAUAACGGAAGCCGCAGCGAAGCGUUUGCGGUCCCUUCUCGAAAAACAUCCCGAGUCUUACGGUGUUCGACUGUCCCUGAAGCAGCGCGGCUGCAAUGGGCUGUCUUACCAGCUCGACUACGCGAAGGAGAGGAGACGUUUCGAAGAGGAAGUCGUUUCUGCGGACGGGAGGGUUCGAGUACUCGUAGACCCAAGAGCUAUGCUUCACGUAGUUGGCACAGAAAUGGAUUACGUUGAAAACGACCUGGCCAGUGAGUUUGUUUUCCGGAACCCGAAUGCGAAGGGAACCUGCGGCUGUGGUGAGUCCUUCAACGUCUAG